UUAAGAAAAAUUUGCAGAAGAAGGACCAUGAUUAGGUCCCGAGUCCUCCAUUGAUGGUUGUCAGGUUGUGAGUUAAAGGCAUCUGUGUCUGAACGGGUGCUCCACAGCCACAAAUGGGAAGGUCUCCUUGCUGCAGCCAUGAGCAUGUGAGGAAGGGUGCUUGGUCUCUUGAAGAAGAUGAGAAGCUGAAAGCAUACAUUUACACUUAUGGCCCUGGAAGCUGGCGCACCUUGCCCGACAAAGCUGGCCUUGAAAGAUGUGGAAAGAGUUGCAGACUGAGGUGGUUUAACUACCUCAGACCUGGCAUUAAGAGAGGCCGAUUGAGCAGAGAUGAGGAGCAGACCAUCCUAAGACUCCAUGCACUUCUUGGCAACAGGUGGUCCGCUAUUGCCAAGCACUUGCCUAAUCGAACUGACAACGAGAUCAAGAACUACUGGAACUCUUCUCUCAACAAGAACAACCACUUAUUACACACUCCUCCGCAUCACCAGCAGCAGCAGCUUCAUGUGCCAUGCUUACUCAACAAAAUGGCCAAUUCCUUCUCUGGCAACCAAGCUGCAAAAGCACUCUUCUCCAAGCUAAUGAAUGGUGACGAAAAGGGUGAGGCUAUUCAAGCCUCUUCUGUUCCAGCAGAUCAUCACAGUUGGCACUGCGCUGAGUCCUGUAAUUCUACAUUGAGCUUUCUAGAUGACACCAUUGCAGAAGCUCCUGAAUUUAUUCAAAUGUUAAGGUAUGAGGAUGAGAGAAUAAGCCUGUACAUGCAGGAUUUGUAAGGACACUUAUCAAUGAAAAUUAAAAUAAAGUUACAAUAUGUAAAAUGUGUGAUUGAUUGGUGAAUGUUGGGAUUCUAUAGUCCCACAGAAAUGCGAGAGUAAGAUACAUAUUUUGAGUACUGAAAAGGAUUAGGAAGGGAGGAAAUAAUAUAACAAGACUGAAAAGCUUGUUUCAAACGCAUGUUUAUAGAAGCUGAUUCUGUUGCUUAUAUCAUCACUUCAUCUCCCUCUGCCUCUUGCUACUUGGGUCUUCACAAAUUCAUUCUUAGAUGCUAUUAUGUGCUACUUAUUGCUAUUUGGUUUUCAAUACUUUCUUUGCUAAUCAUGUU